AUGCGCCAGAGAGGAGCUGGUGCUCGAUCUAUUCCUACAAACUUUGGCUUCGUUUUCCACGCCGGCCCUAUCCAAGUUGCCGACACCUCCACCACCGAGCCACCAGUUCCCGCAAACACAACAACAAUUGCCAUUGCUCAAACAGAGCCCCACCACGUGCCUGCGCCCUCGUUUCCUGCGCAUGCGCCAGCGACCAAGAGAAAGAGACUUGUCAAGGAAGAAGAGGACGACCGAGCCUGGUUUCAGAAACGAAAAAGGAAGUCGGCCAAACAUGAAGACUCAGAGCACGACCUUCCCGCUGCGACAACUAAAGUUGCCGUCGACGAAUCGCAUCAAGAGCCUCCAGUUGAGCUGAAGCCGGCCAAGCGGAAAGUACGAAAGCGUGUUCUGGUUCCAAGACCACGCAAGAAGGCUCCCAUUGAACCACAGCCUGAGCCUCUACGAAAGGAGCCAACACCCUUGUCAGAAGUCGCGCCAGAAAUACACCCACCGGCCAAGAAGAAGACGAAAUCUAAAGCCCCUGUGGCCAAGCGAGAGCCGAAAGUACCGCACACGCCCGAUGCACCUCUAUCAGCACAUGAACAGGCACAGGAACAUGAACCGAGCAAUCCCUCUCCACAUACUAUAACAGAGCUCGCUCCUCUCAAGAAAGCGAAAUCCACCCAUCGUCCCGACGACGAGGACAAAAAAGACAACAGGCCUGCCGAAAACACCUUGGAGCGAGAGUCUCACCGCAAUACUGUUGCGACUCUCGUCCAAGAACAGCCAGGCCAGCCACCAAAGAAGAAAAAGAUGGUCAGGAGAGUCCGAGUCCCCAAGGUCUCUACCAGACGAGCCGUACCCACAACCGACGAUUCAUCCGUGAAGACGACCGACAUGCAAGAUGCCAAACCGUCAACAUCAUCCGACGAUGCCCAACUGAGCUUGUUCGAGGCAGUAGCCCCGGCACUGACGACUAAGAAAGCAUCCAAAGCUCCUAAAAAGAUCUUCUUCAAUGACGAUUCAGACAUUGACCUCGACCAGAUGUUGAGUGGCAUUGCUGCAAUGGCCGAGACUAAAACGACAACCAAAGUAGCCACCUCGAAGUCCAGACGUGUCACAAGAAAGAAAAUUGCAUCUUAA